CUACACCUGGUUAUACGUUGGCUCUUCAAAGACGUUGACCUCACCAGAGAAAUCCCUGACUCCUUUGCAGUGGUGCAGACACGUCCUGGACAACCCGACUCCUGAGAUGGAGGCAGCCAGGCGGUCCCUGUGCUUUAGACUGGAGCAAGGUUUCACAUCCAGGGGCUCCCCUCUCAGUCCCCAGUCAUCAAUUGACAGUGAGCUGAGUACUUCAGAACUGGAAGAUGACUCCAUCUCCAUGGGAUAUAAGCUACAGGACCUCACUGAUGUUCAGAUCAUGGCUCGUCUGCAAGAAGAAAGCCUUAGGCAGGAUUAUGCCUCCACUUCAGCAUCUGUGUCAAGACAUAGUUCCAGUGUGUCACUGAAUUCAGGAAAGAAAGGGACCUGUAGCGAUCAGGAAUACGAUCGGUACAGCCUGGACGACGAGGAGGAAUUUGAUCAUUUGCCACCACCUCAGCCUCGUCUUCCAAGAUGUUCACCUUUCCAAAGAGGAAUUCCCCAUUCACAGACUUUCUCCAGCAUUCGGGAUUGCAGGAGGAGCCCCAGUUCCCAGUAUUUCCCUUCAAACAAUUACCAGCAGCAACAGUAUUACUCGCCUCAAGCCCAGACUCCAGAUCAGCAACCAAAUAGGACCAAUGGAGAUAAGCUCCGAAGAAGCAUGCCCAACCUAGCCCGGAUGCCAAGUACAACUGCCGUUAGUAGCAAUGUUAAUUCUCCAGUCACCGUGCGAAACAGUCAGAGUUUCGACUCAAGUUUGCAUGGAGCCGGAAAUGGAGUUUCAAGAAUACAGUCUUGUAUUCCGUCUCCUGGACAGCUUCAGCACAGAGUCCACAGCGUGGGCCAUUUCCCAGUGUCUGUCCGACAGCCUCUUAAAGCCACAGCCUAUGUGAGUCCGACCGUUCAAGGCAGCAGUAACAUGCCUUUAUCCAACGGCUUACAGUUAUAUUCCAGCACGGGAAUCCCCACCCCAAACAAAGCAGCAGCUUCUGGGAUGAUGGGGCGCAGUGCACUUCCAAGACCUUCCCUGGCAAUAAAUGGGAGUAACCUGCCUCGAAGCAAAAUUGCACAACCUGUAAGAAGUUUCCUUCAGCCUCCAAAGCCUCUGUCUUCACUCAGCACUCUGAGGGAUGGGAACUGGAGAGACGGUUGCUACUGAUGCAGUUUUAUAUACCCUUGAAGAAUGGGAAAGACGUGAAAAUGAGGGUUGUGUUACCUAGCUGGCUGGGUAACAGCGGAUGUUGGGAUAUUCUUUCCCUUUGGCAUUUUAACAUAUUCACUGCAUUGUUUUUCAAUGGACCAAUCACCAGAGACUAAUUAUUGCACUUAAAUAUUUGCCUGAAAUACUGCAGCGUUCUCAAAUUCACGGUUGCAGUAUUGUGACUCUUAGCUCUAGGACGUUUUUGUAGAACUGCUCUGUAUCUGAAUACUUUUUGAGAGAACUGAGAUGUAUCAAUAAUGCUUUGCCUCAUGCGUUUUUUAAAGUAACUUGUUCAAUUUACUUACAUGUUCUAAGCAUCAUUCCAUUACAUGUUCUGUAUUUUAAUACACUGCAUAUUUACAACUAGGUUCUAUAAUGUUUGUUUUGAAAUUUACUUUUUUAUAGUUUACAGGAAUUUUAUUUUUUGUGCCUAUUUCUUUUUACACCUAUGUGAACCACUAAGGAACAACUUAAAUUUUGUGCCAUAAAACUAUUUUUGUGGUAAGGUACUAUUUUUUUAGCUCUAGGGAUAUAUCAGCAAAAAUACAUCAUACAAUUUGAGAGACAUAAUUUUAUGUUGAAUGAGCACAACCUAAUCUGAAGCAUUGCAAGGUAAUAGCCAGACAGCAAAAUUAAAUGGUCUCGUCUUUUUCAUUGUUAAUUUAUUGUCAUACAUGGGUUUCAUAUUUAUAAUGGUAUCACAAGCUCAUUGCACUUAAUACCUGCAAUGUUUGCUACUGUACUACAAUUGAUUUUCAACACUUUAUUACAAAGGAUGAAACUGUAAUGUUUUAUUAACAAUGCUUCUGGAAAUGAAUGCAUUUUAAAGCAAAUAAAUCUUUUUGAUAGACCUUUUACAAAA